AGACCAAAGCGCGUACUCGCAGAAGGACGCGUGACGUCACACGCAGAGGAAGACAAGACUGGAGAAAUGGCGUGCCGCUAAUCGCUUCUUAAAACAUUUCGUUCGUACAUUUUGUGUCAACUGGACCUUCUCCUUUCUCGUAUGGAUUAAGCGAUCACCGUGGAUUAGUAGCGACUCGUCUCAUUUCAAUCGAACAAAAUGGCCGCUAAUAUGUACAGAGUCGGAGAUCACGUCUACUUCGAAACGUCGGCGUCGGGCCCUUAUCAAAUUCGAAGGAUAGAAGAGUUAAAUAAAACUGCAAAUGGGAAUGUUGAAGCAAAAGUUAUGUGUUACUUUCGACGACGGGAGAUUGCUGCCAAUCUCGUGUCUUUGGCUGACAAACAUCAAUCCGCUUUGGAAGAAGAAAGUGAAGAGAGGGGUAAAGAAGAGUUAAAUGAUUCGGAAAAGCACAUGGUUAAACACAGGGAAUUGUUCCUUUCACGACAGAUAGAUACUUUGCCGGCCACGCAUAUUCGCGGAAAAUGCUCUGUAACACUGCUAAAUGAGACCGAAUCUCUGCAAUCAUAUUUAAAUAGAGACGAUGCAUUCUUUUACGCUCUAGUCUAUGAUCCGAACCAAAAGACAUUAUUAGCAGAUAAGGGUGAGAUUCGGGUGGGUAUAAAAUAUCAGGUCGCCGAAAUACCUCCAAUGUUGGAUGAGAGAGAGCCUGAUCCUCGAGAAAAAGAAAUUUUAGAAUACUUGGAAUGGCGACCUGAUGUCCUAUCAGGCGAACAGGUCGACCAAUUUACCGUUGUUGCCAGAUCGGUGGGAACAUUUGCUCGUGCCCUUGAUUGUACAUCCACAGUUCGUCAACCAAGUUUGCAUAUGAGUGCCGCCGCAGCAUCCAGGGAUGUUACCCUCUUACAUGCUAUGAAAGUUUUGCAUGAAACCGAGUACGACGUCGGUUGUGCUUUAGCAGCACUUGUUCCAUCAGGUGGCCCAGUUUUAUGUAGAGAUGAAAUGGAAGAGUGGGCAGCCAGUGAAGCUAACUUGUUUGAAGAAGCAAUGGAAAAAUAUGGAAAAGAUUUCCAUGAUAUUCGCCACGACUUUUUACCUUGGAAAACAUUGAACAGUUUGGUCGAAUAUUACUACAUGUGGAAAACAACAGAUCGUUUCGUUCAACAAAAGCGUAUUAAAGCUACUGAAUCAGAAAGCAAAUUGAAACAAGUUUAUAUACCGACUUAUAACAAGCCCAAUCCUUUGCUGAUCAACAACAGUAAUGAUAGCAAAGCUUGUGAAAGCUGUUCAACGACCAAUGGUAAACAAUGGUAUGCAUGGGGUCCCUCUACAAACAAUCUCCGGUUGUGCGACUUAUGUUGGGUGUACUGGAAGAAGUAUGGAGGUUUAAAAACCCCUUCACGAACUGUUGAUGAAAGAACAGUCAGCGCCAACACUCGAGUUUCAGAAAGAAUUAUUGCCCAACCCCCUUGUACUCCUGUUAUGAAAUCGCAUAGGUGUACUUAUUCUAAUUGCAACAAAGAGUUUAAAAUGAAGCCACAGUUGAAUAAGCAUAUGGAAAAGGCACACGGAGUUGCUAUGAGACCGACUAGUCCAAAUUUGAAACCGUCAAUGAAACCAAGAACAGCUUUCUGUCUGCACACCACAGGUCUUACACGCUUAUCGAGGCGAUUGUGUGCUGAUAAACUCAACUUGUCUCGAGCGGCUCGAAAUCCUUUCCAACCUAUUAACAUAACGGUUAUCAAACAAGUUUGUCAGCAGCGAUUGUCGCAAGCACCACUACGACCAUUGCCUCGAAAAGCCUCCCAACCAAGUGAAACAAUCCUUCAACGACUCGGCAUUGAUACCACGCAAACUCCAGCAAUUUUAAAUCGACAGAAUUUAAAGCCGCCUGUUACACAUUUAGCUUUCCCAAAACCCGACAAAAUGCCACUGCCUCGUCUUCGAGCUGCUAGUCCUAACAUGAACAACUCGAUAAAGCGUCCUCAUGAAAACGGUAUAGACUCUAUUGUCGACCCAAAAAGGAAUUCAGUGAAUUCCGUUAUUCGACAUCCCGGCGGAAUCCGUACAGGAUCCCCUCAUCACCGAAAUACGGUUAUCAAUCAAAUCAACGGACGGUCCCACUCAAACACUCAGACGUCUAAGUUUUUGCCGAAAGCUACAAGCAUAUUGAAAAGAGGCGUAUUAAUGUGGGUUGAUUCACAGGACGAUGUACUAUUCAUAGCUACUGAUUCAACAAAAAAAAUUCGCCGCCAACUUACUGCCGCCCAAUUGAAACGCGCAGGACGUAAACCUUGGCGCAGACUACCAGGCGUUCGUACUCCUUUGUCUAUCACCGAACAACGCGCCUCCGCUGGUCCUACGGCUGCUCCUCUUGUCAAACAGGACGUUGUAGUUGUCGAAUAG